GCCCGGGGAGAGGGAGGAAGAGCGAGAAGGCCGGAGGAGAGGAAGGGGAAAGAGGACGAGAGCUCGGAUUCCUGCCCCCCCAGCCCGGAGAGCCAUCGCCCUCCCCCGGGGGAGCCGCCUGGAUCGGGAGAAGCAUGAGGCUGGACUGGAGGAAAGGCACCUGGGUGGGAAGUUGAGCGCAGCCCUCUCCACUCCCUUCCGCCGGGCGGGGAGCGCGGCGUGGCUGGCUGGACCGGCCGGUUCCUACCGUUCCCUCUGCUGCGUCCCCUCCCCAGCUGCAGCCGGAGGCGCAGAGACGCCCCCCGCCCCUUCCUGCCCUCCCAGCAGCGAGGCCCCAGGAGGGAGAGUCCUGGGCGCUGGGAUGCGUCUUCCCCCUGCCUCGGCUGCCAGUGUGGAUUGUAGCGCCCGGCUCUGUGCGUUGCGAGAAUGGCUCGGUUCGGAGAUGAUCUGCCCACCCGCUAUGGAGGCGGCGGUCCGGCCGGGGCUGGACGAGGGAGCAGCCGGCAAGGUGGCCCUCCACCCGGCCAAAGGAUGUACAAGCAGUCGAUGGCCCAGAGAGCCAGGACGAUGGCUCUCUACAACCCCAUCCCCGUCAAACAGAACUGCUUCACCGUCAACAGAUCCCUCUUCAUCUUCAGCGAGGAUAACGUUAUUCGGAAAUACGCCAAGAGGAUAACCGAAUGGCCUCCAUUUGAAUACAUGAUUUUAGCGACAAUCAUAGCCAACUGCAUUGUUCUGGCAUUGGAGCAGCAUCUACCAGAGGAUGACAAGACACCCAUGUCGGAGAGAUUGGAUGAUACUGAGCCGUACUUUAUUGGAAUAUUUUGUUUUGAAGCUGGUAUAAAAAUCAUCGCUCUGGGGUUUGUUUUUCACAAAGGCUCUUAUCUCCGAAACGGCUGGAACGUGAUGGAUUUUGUCGUUGUCCUCACAGGGAUUCUAGCCACCGCUGGGACUGAUUUUGACCUACGAACCCUGCGAGCCGUUCGGGUAUUGAGACCUUUGAAGUUGGUGUCAGGAAUCCCAAGUUUGCAGGUUGUCCUCAAGUCCAUCAUGAAGGCCAUGGUGCCCUUGCUCCAGAUUGGGCUGCUUCUCUUCUUUGCUAUCGUGAUGUUCGCCAUCAUUGGGCUGGAGUUCUACAUGGGGAAGUUUCAUAAAACCUGCUUCUCGAACGAAACAGGUGAGGAGGUGGGAGAUUUUCCUUGUGGAGAGGAUCCCCCGGCCAGGCAAUGUGAGAAUGGAACCACAUGCAGGAAAUACUGGCCAGGCCCCAACUAUGGAAUCACCAACUUUGACAAUAUUCUGUUUGCUGUGCUAACUGUCUUCCAGUGCAUCACCAUGGAGGGCUGGACUGACAUCCUCUACAAUACCAAUGAUGCCGCAGGAAAUACCUGGAACUGGCUUUACUUCAUCCCUCUCAUCAUCAUUGGCUCUUUCUUCAUGCUCAACCUGGUGCUGGGCGUCUUAUCAGGCGAGUUCGCCAAAGAGCGCGAGAGGGUGGAGAACCGCCGGGCCUUCCUGAAGCUCCGUAGACAGCAGCAGAUCGAACGGGAGCUGAACGGGUACUUGGAGUGGAUCUUCAAGGCAGAGGAGGUGAUGCUGGCAGAAGAAGACAAGAAUGCCGAAGAGAAGUCCCCCCUGGACGUGUUGAAAAGAGCUACAAUAAAGAAGAGCAAAAACGACCUGAUUCAUGCUGAAGAGGGGGAGGACCAUUUCACAGACAUUUGCUCCGUUGGGUCUCCAUUUGCCCGGGCCAGUCUAAAGAGCGGAAAGAAUGAGAGCUCCUCGUAUUUCCGGAGGAAGGAGAAGAUGUUCCGGUUCUUCAUCCGGCGCAUGGUGAAAGCACAAAGCUUCUAUUGGAUUGUCCUGUGUGUCGUCACCCUGAACACUCUGUGCGUCGCCAUGGUGCAUUAUGACCAGCCGGAGGGGCUCACCACUGCUUUGUAUUUUGCAGAGUUUGUUUUCCUGGGUCUGUUCCUUACUGAGAUGUCCUUGAAGAUGUACGGACUGGGGCCAAGAAAUUACUUCCACUCCUCGUUCAACUGCUUCGACUUUGGGGUGAUAGUGGGGAGCAUUUUUGAAGUGAUUUGGGCAGCAGUGAAGCCAGGUACCUCAUUUGGCAUCAGUGUAUUGAGAGCUCUUCGACUGCUGAGGAUUUUCAAAGUAACCAAAUACUGGAACUCCCUAAGGAAUCUGGUGGUCUCCUUGCUGAACUCCAUGAAAUCCAUCAUCAGUUUGCUCUUCCUGCUCUUCCUGUUCAUUGUGGUGUUUGCUCUGCUGGGAAUGCAGCUCUUUGGAGGACAGUUUAAUUUCCAAGAUGAAACACCGACCACAAACUUCGAUACGUUCCCUGCUGCCAUCCUCACUGUGUUCCAGAUACUGACUGGCGAAGACUGGAAUGCAGUGAUGUAUCAUGGGAUAGUAUCACAAGGUGGGGUCCACUCAGGAAUGUUCUCUUCCAUUUACUUCAUCGUCCUGACGUUGUUUGGUAACUACACACUCCUGAAUGUCUUCUUGGCUAUUGCUGUCGACAAUCUUGCGAAUGCACAAGAGCUAACCAAGGAUGAAGAGGAGAUGGAAGAGGCUACCAAUCAAAAGCUUGCACUCCAGAAGGCCAAGGAGGUAGCAGAAGUCAGUCCCAUGUCCGCAGCUAAUAUUUCCAUAGCAGCCAAACAGCAGAACUCCUCCAAAUCCAAGUCCGUUUGGGAACAGAGGACCAGCCAGAUCCGGAUGCACAAUUUCCGGGCCAGCUGCGAGGCGCUGUACAAUGAGCUCGAUCCGGAGGAGCGGGUGCGCUAUGCUACCACCCUCCACAUCCGGCCAGACAUGAAGACCCAUUUGGAUCGUCCUCUGGUGGUAGAGCCGAGGACCGAAGGGCGGAACAACGUCGGUAAGCUAAGCCCGGUGGACGUUCAGGAGACAGAGCAGGCCAAGGCCACCUCUGCCGACAAUGCAGAAGUGCCACGAAAGCACCACCGGCAUCGGGAUAAAGACAAGAUGGGAGAGCAGGAGAAGAGCGACGUGGCCAAGGAUGAGAACGGGGAGUCUGGCACGAACAAUAAGGAGGAACGACACAGGCAGCACAGGAGCCGCAGCAAAGAGGCAGAGGGGGGCAGCAAGGAAGGAAAAAGCGAGCGCAACAGAAGUCAGGAAGGGGGUAAAAGGCAUCAUCGUCGAGGCUCCGUGGAGGAAGGGGCUGAGAAGGAGUACCGGCGGCACCGGCCUCACCGGCACUCAGCGGAGAGACAAGCAAAGGAAGGCAAUGGGACAGCCAACGGUGCCAGAAGCGAGCGGCGUUCACGUCACCGAGGAGGGUCAAGGUCAGGGAACCGGGAAGGCGAUCCCGGCUUGAAAGGAGAGAAUGGGGAAGAGCCCCACAGACGAUACAAGAUCCGGCACAGAGCUCUGUCGACGUAUGAGUCGGUGGAGAAGGAGAAUGGGGAGAAGGAAGGAGAGGCUGGGGAGAAAGAUCUUAAGAACCAUCAGCCCAGGGAAACUCAGUGUGAGAUAGAGGCUGGGGGUAGCGUGAGCGUCGUCCCAGUUCAUACCCUGCCCAGCACCUACCUGCAGAAAGUACCUGAGCAGCCAGAAGAUGCUGACAACGAGAAGAAUGUGACACGAAUGACUCAGCCACCACUGGACAAAACCACCACUGUGAACAUCCCCGUCACCAUCACCGCGCCUCCAGGGGAGACCACUGUCAUACCAAUGAACAACGUUGAAUUUGAAAGUAAAACGGAAGAGAAGAAAGAUAUGGAGAUUGAGGACUUGACAAAAAAUGGGCCUAAGCCAAUCCUGCCUUAUAGCUCCAUGUUUAUCUUAAGCCCUACAAACCCAAUCCGACGCCUGUUUCAUUACAUUGUGAACAUGCGCUACUUUGAGAUGGUCAUCCUCAUCGUCAUAGCACUGAGCAGCAUUGCCCUGGCUGCCGAAGACCCUGUCCAAGCUGAGUCUCCAAGGAAUGAUGCGCUGAAGUAUCUGGAUUAUAUAUUUACGGGUGUCUUUACCUUCGAGAUGGUGAUAAAGAUGAUUGACCUGGGGCUGCUGCUUCAUCCUGGCUCCUAUUUCCGUGACCUGUGGAACAUCUUGGAUUUUAUUGUGGUCAGUGGGGCCCUGGUGGCAUUUGCCUUCUCAGGAAGCAAAGGCAAAGACAUCAACACAAUCAAGUCACUGCGAGUCCUGCGAGUCCUAAGACCACUGAAGACUAUCAAGCGUCUGCCCAAGUUAAAGGCUGUCUUUGACUGCGUGGUGAAUUCCCUGAAGAACGUCCUCAAUAUCCUAAUUGUUUACAUGCUCUUCAUGUUCAUUUUCGCUGUCAUUGCUGUGCAACUCUUCAAAGGCAAAUUCUUCUACUGCACGGAUGAGUCCAAGGAGCUAGAAAAGGACUGCAGGGGUCAGUAUCUGGAUUAUGAGAAGAGUGAGGUGGAGGCACAGCCCAGGCAGUGGAAAAAGUAUGAGUUUCACUAUGACAAUGUCCUCUGGGCUCUGUUAACGCUGUUCACUGUCUCCACGGGAGAGGGGUGGCCAACUGUAUUGAAGCAUUCGGUGGAUGCUACAUAUGAGGAGCAGGGUCCCAGCCCUGGUUAUCGAAUGGAAAUGUCCAUCUUUUAUGUGGUGUACUUUGUUGUCUUCCCCUUCUUCUUUGUGAACAUAUUUGUGGCGUUAAUCAUCAUCACCUUCCAGGAGCAAGGAGAUAAAGUGAUGUCGGAAUGCAGUCUAGAAAAAAACGAGAGGGCCUGCAUAGACUUCGCCAUAAGUGCCAGGCCAUUGACCCGCUACAUGCCUCAAAACAAGCAGUCUUUUCAGUACAAGAUGUGGAAGUUUGUGGUGUCCCCUCCCUUUGAAUAUUUUAUCAUGGUCAUGAUUGCACUCAAUACUAUUGUGCUGAUGAUGAAGUUCUAUGGUGCUCCAGACGCAUAUGAAGAAAUGUUGAAAUGCCUGAAUAUUGUAUUUACAUCUAUGUUUUCAAUGGAAUGCGUUUUGAAGAUCAUUGCCUUUGGUGUACUGAAUUAUUUCCGAGAUGCCUGGAACGUCUUUGAUUUUGUAACAGUUUUGGGAAGUAUUACUGAUAUUUUAGUAACAGAGAUUGCGGACAACUUCAUCAACCUCAGCUUCCUGCGGCUCUUCAGGGCAGCCAGACUUAUCAAACUUCUUCGCCAGGGUUACACCAUCCGCAUUCUGCUCUGGACAUUUGUACAGUCUUUUAAGGCCUUGCCUUAUGUGUGUCUCCUCAUUGCGAUGCUCUUCUUCAUCUAUGCCAUUAUCGGCAUGCAGGUAUUUGGAAACAUUGCACUAGAUGAUGAUACCUCAAUUAAUCGACACAACAACUUCAGAACUUUCUUGCAAGCCCUGAUGCUAUUGUUCAGGAGUGCCACCGGGGAAGCUUGGCACGAGAUCAUGCUGUCCUGCCUCAGUAACAGAGCCUGCGACAAACUCUCCGGCCUCACCAAAAACGAAUGUGGCAGUGACUUUGCCUAUUUUUACUUCGUCUCUUUCAUCUUCCUUUGUUCCUUUCUGAUGUUGAACCUGUUUGUGGCUGUAAUCAUGGACAACUUUGAGUACCUGACACGAGACUCUUCCAUCCUAGGACCCCAUCACCUGGAUGAGUUCAUUCGGGUCUGGGCUGAAUACGACCCAGCUGCCUGCGGGCGCAUCAGUUACACUGACAUGUAUGAGAUGCUGAGACACAUGUCCCCACCUCUAGGCCUGGGAAAGAAAUGCCCUGCUCGAGUUGCCUAUAAGCGCCUGGUGCGGAUGAACAUGCCGAUCUCGGACCCGGACUUAACGGUCCACUUCACUUCCACCCUGAUGGCCUUGAUCCGGACCGCUCUAGAAAUCAAACUCGCGUCAGCGGGUGUGAAGCAGCACCAGUGUGAUGCUGAGCUGAGGAAAGAGAUCUCUCUGGUUUGGCCCAAUCUGUCCCAGAAGACAUUGGACUUGUUGGUGCCUCCCCAUAAACCUGACGAAAUGACUGUGGGGAAGGUCUAUGCCGCUCUCAUGAUAUUCGACUUCUACAAGCAGAAUAAAAACAGCAGGGAACAAGUGCACCAGCCACCUGGAGGUCUUUGCCAGACUGGACCAGUGUCGUUGUUCCACCCCUUGAAAGCAACCCUGGAGCAAACCCAGCCUCUGGUGUUCAACCACGCUAAAGCAUUCCUUCGCCAGAAAAGUUGCACCUCGCUCAACAAUGGGGGCACAUUGCCAGCCCCAGAGAGCGGGAUCAAGGAGUCUGUUUCGUGGGGGACUCAGCGCACUCAGGAUGUGUUUUACGAAACCAGGACCCCAGCUUUUGAACGAGGCCACUCGGAAGAAAUUCCCAUUGAGCGGACAAGCAAACAGGUUGUAGAAAUGAGAGAAAUCAGCCCCACCCUGGCCAACGGAGAACAUCAGCCUGGCCUGGAGAGCCAGGGGCGGGCGGCUUCCAUGCCGCGUCUGGCCGCCGAAACUCAGCCCAUCCCAGACACCAGCCCCAUGAAGCGCUCCAUCUCCACGCUGACGCCGCAGCGCCCGCAUGCCAUGCACCUGUACGAGUAUUCCCUGGAGCGCAUGCCCCCGGACCAGGCUCAUCACCACCAUCACCAUCGCUGCCAUCGACGGAGAGACAAGAAGCAGAAGUCGUUGGACAGGUCACCCAACCAGCUGGCCGAUGGGGAUGCCGGUGAGGCGUCUUCCAAGGAUAAGAAGCAAGAACGAGGCAGGUCCCAAGAGAGAAAGCUGCACUCCUCCUCUUCCUCUGAAAAACAACGCUUCUACUCCUGCGACCGCUACGGGAGCCGGGACCGUUCUCAGCCCAAAUCAGCUGAUCACAGCAGGCCCACCUCGCCCAAUGGGGGGCUGGAACCAGGCCCCCACAGACAGGGUAGUGGUUCAGUUAAUGGGAGCCCCUUGCUGUCGACAUCUGGUGCUAGCACCCCGUGCCGCGGGCGGAGGCAGCUCCCGCAGACUCCGCUGACCCCCCGCCCCAGCAUCACUUACAAGACCGCCAACUCCUCACCCGUGCACUUCACCAGUUUCCAAACCAGCCUGCCCGCUUUCUCCCCGGGGCGCCUGAGCCGAGGUUUGUCUGAGCAUAAUGCGUUACUGCAUGGGGACUCUCAGAGCCACUCACGCUCCCCGGUGGCUCGCAUUGGUUCCGACCCCUACCUUGGAUACCGCGACGACAGUGACAGCCCGUACCGUGUCGUGCCCGAGGACACGCUCACCUUCGAGGAGGCUGUCGCCACCAAUUCAGGAAGGUCCUCAAGGACUUCUUACGUCUCGUCCUUGACUUCCCAGUCUCACCAAAUCCGCAGGGUUCCCAACGGCUACCACUACACGUUGGGCCUCAGCACGGGCCCUGGGACAUGCGCCAGAACCCGUAGCUAUUACCACGAAGCCGAUGAGGACGACUGGUGCUAGCAUAAAGGCAAAGCCCUUGCCGGUGUACGCGUUUGGAAUCGAUGAGUUUUAUCAUCUGGAUGGCUGUGUGCUCAGACACACAUGGUGACCGGGGUCAUGGGGGGGAAGAAACAGCCGCUGGCGAGAACUGCUCCAAACCCGACGCCAUCUGAGACGCUCGUUCAGCCUCUGUCUUUCCUUUCUUUCUUCUUUUUUUCCCCUCCUUUUGCACUAGACAAAAUAAAUAAAUAAAUAAAGAUCAUUAUUGUGGAGGGAGUGCUUUCUCGCUCUCUCUCUCUCACCUGCCUACUGCCUUGUCUAGUUAAAUGACAUAUACCAGAUGCCAAAUCUGCAAUGUAUGCACAGAGCUGUGGGAAGGUCUGAACUUUGACAGCAGAAAAAGGACGGUCGAUCCGUAGUUUUUGUUGGGUGGUUGUUUGUUUUUGUUUUAGUUUUCCGGUCAGAGCGGGUGUCGGGUUUGGAAAUUGACACUCUUGUACACAAUCGAACCUGUAUUUUAUCUCAUUCAAACAUUAAGAGAAAGAGAUCUGCCUAACGCACUGGGAAAGGAGAAACCCAAAUCAGAACGGGGGACUGUCCUUUGACUCAGUGUUCAACAACAGCAAUCGUUUUCAAUGGAGCCAGUAACAAACCUUCAAGCUGAUAAAGCACUGUGUCGCCGUGACUCCGUGACUCUCUGCUUCGACACGCUGCUCUGGGGAUUUCUUUUCUUCUCUUUGUCCACGUCGAGUCCUUCACACUGACACCCGAUAAAGCUACUUUGUAAGGACGGUUUCCUUGCUGCUGGGACUUUUGUUUCUGUCCCCCCAUCUCCUGUCAACUGCAACAUGCCCUCAAUGUUUUGUCUUGUUUACAAUAUAAGCUUGAUUUAGCAACAAAAAAACAAAAAAAAAGAAAAAAAAAAGAAAAGGGAAAAAAAAGCGGGUGGUGGAAAGGAGAAAAGGAAUUGGUUUUAUAUCAAGCUAUUAGAUAGAACUUUAACUUUUCAUUGUGUGCAUUUUUGUAAAUUGUACAGUAAAAAAGAAAAAACAAACAAACAAACAAAAAACUUUAUGUAGAGAAUUAGUCCAAUUGUCAUUCCAGGUCCCACUGUUUCUAUUGAAUGCUCCAGUUGUUCACUACUAAGUGCCUAGCCUUUGAAAUCUCUCACAGCGAUGAUGCUCCCUCUUGCUUCAACGCAGCAGAACUUGAGAAAGUGGGGGGGGGAGGGAGAGGAAGAGCCUGUAAGAUCUAUUUGUCUCAGAUAUCAACUGUGCAUACAAUGCCACGUGUAUGUGUUCUGAACAGUGUUUUCAAGUAGCCAGGUUGGAAACUUCAAAGGGGAGGGUAAAAAUAUUUUUUAAAUAAUUUUGUUGAGGAGCCGGGAGGAGAAUGAUCAGGGCAAACAAAAUCGGCCUUUUCUCGUUGAAUAGAAUUUAGGAUCCUGCAGGAGAAAUGCAGGUAGAAGUACAGCAUCGGCAGCAAUGCUUUUACAGGAGAAAAAAAAAGAGAGACUUUCACAUUGCAUGUCUAGUCUUAACUUGGUUGUGAAAGCUCUGGCAACGUUUCAUGGUGCGUAGUUCGUGUCGAGGGCAGUUGGAGAGAGCCUUGUUAUUAUUGCCUGUUGAAAAAAAAAAAUCCGACUCUCAGGGAUGAGAUUUCUGUAUUUUUAUGUUGGAUCAUUUCCUUUUUGUGCGUGAGUGCGGAUUUCUGCGUUUGGAGUCUGGGGAGAAGACAAUGACAAGAAGGGGGGGAAAGGGUUAAAGAAAAAGAUUGGCAGACCUUCCAUUGAUGGGCUGGAAGAACUGCUGUGUGGCCACUGUUGGACAUGCCGCGGCCAGGGGUUUGGCAUGGCGCUUUGGGAGAAGAGUCAGGGAGGAGAAUGGAGGAGAAGAAAAACCCAGCAAGGCCAAACAACAAAAGAGGCGUUGGUCAGAACGUUGGCAAGGAGUAGGCCUGAGAUAGUGACCAAGCCAUGGGACACUAAGACUGUAGAAUGAGCGGGUACUUGGGAGGAGCAAGUUUGGGCCCAGUUUCGUUUUGUAGCUAGGUUAGCAGGGGUAUCACACGUUUCAGAAAAUGGCUCGGAAGGCAUCUGCCACUAUUGGCAAAGUCUCCGAAGGGGAGCGGGACAGGUGUCGUGUGGUCGUCUACAUCUCCUCUAACCUUUAUGUUGAGAAAAAUUGAACCUUGUUUUGUUUUAGGAGCUUUGGCCAAUCUCAUCCCUGGAUUCUGCUAAAAGAUAACCAACUCAUCUCUAUUAUAUCUCUAUAUAUCUGUGCACUUUGAGGAAAGGAAGUGCUUUAGCCGAGAGGUACAUUAUGGAUAACGGAUGUAAUUUUUAAUUGUAGGGCUAUGCAACAAGAUGACACUUAAGGAAACAAAUCAAAACAAAACAAACAAAAAGACCUUCAUCCAUUCUGUAGCUUUACCUGCUGGAUUUUCCUGUUUCAGGCUUCAGCAUGAUUGUGACCAAAUGUUUUAUACAUUUUCCUUGUAUGAAGGCACAAACACUUUCUUUGAAAUUUUAAAGAAAACAUUACUGUUUUACUCCAAGAAGUAAAGGAGGAAAAAAACCAGUAUGGGUGAUAGUGCAUGCAACCAUUGUACCCACAUUGGAAAGUGAAAGGAAAUGUUCUCUCUGUAUUAAUUUAUUUUGUCUUUUCCUCCACCCCUGCCUUUCCCCUUCCUACAUCAUUUUAGAUAUUAAAAGCCACAAUCUCAUAUAAAUAAGAUGGCUGGAAUCUCACAGAAAUAGAUGGCAUUGGAUCAUUUAAAUUCUUAUAUAGUAUAGACCACAAAGAAGAACCUUGUUGAUGACUUCCCACUCUUCUCUCGGGGGGUUUCUCCAAAUGACAAUGACCGAAGAGCCUGACCACAGUUGUUCAUAACCCCGUUUGCAUAUUUUUUACAGCCUGUGCGCUGUCUCUUAAACACACACAUAAUAUUUCCCAGAAUUCUCAUAGUGAGUUGCCAAACUUGAAUUGCACCAACCAGUUUUCUGCAUCCAGAACCAGUCUCGUAGUGGCUGUACUUUGAAUAAGUAAUGUUUGCAUGUAAAAUAUAUACAUAUAUAUAUAUAAAGUAUGUGCAUGGAAAAUGUUUAUCUUCGUACUUUUUUGAUACAAUGUAUUCAUCAGUUGUUAAUUUUUAAUUAUAUUUGAUAUAAAUUGGGGGUUUGUUGCAAAACUUUAUAUUUAAAAAACAGUGUUAAAAAUGAUAAACGUUCCAACCAUGCAACACAACUGGAACUUUACAAAAAAAAAAAAAAAAGGUUCUGUGAUUGCCUAGUUUGCUGCCUGAGUAAUAUUUAUCAGCCAAACUUUGAAUUCUGCAGUUGUUUCUACAAUUACAUUUUGUAUGAAGCAAAGUCCUUGAAUUAAAAUAAAAACUUAGCAAAAAACGUACAGCUCCA